UUAGGGAGGGGCCUGCCAGGCAGCCUCCUCAGCCAGGGUGCUUUGCACCUCACACCUGAUACUCGCCAGCUCAUCACCCACUUGUAGCCCAUCUGCUCGUUUAGACUGGUAUAAGUUGGCUCCCAAACCUUUCCUCAGUGCAAGUUUGUGCCGUCACCACCUGUAGUGAGCUCUGUUGGCAUUGCCUGCAGUUUUUGUUUCCUGUGUGGACAUUUCCCCGUGGGUUCUUCAUGCUUCUCCCUGAGUGACAUUGCAAAGACUCUAAUGAACAAUGCCAAGUGUUGGCUUCCACCAUACCUGCCUGUUGUCGUGCAAUUGGGGUCACAUACAAACCCGAACAGUGACUAGAUUUUAGACUCGGCCGGCACCAAAAAUCACUGACAGGACAUCAAAUCAAAUCCCGAAGAACGUCCCAGAUUGCCCGAUGCAUCCAUGAGUCUUCCCGGGAAAACAAGCGUCGUUCUCCUGCUGGUCCUCAUGACAGCGCAAGGCUGUUUUGCAUCCAAAGCAGAGGACCGUUUAUUUCGGAGGUUAUUCCGAAGGUACAACCAGUUCAUCCGACCAGUGGAGAACGUGUCUGAUCCGGUCACGGUGGAGUUCGAGGUGUCCAUCUCUCAACUGGUCAAAGUGGAUGAGGUGAAUCAAAUCAUGGAAACCAAUCUCUGGCUGAGACAUGUUUGGAAUGACUACAAGCUAAGAUGGGCACCGGUUGAAUAUGAUGGAAUUGAGUUUAUCAGAGUUCCAUCCAAUAAGAUAUGGAGGCCAGACAUUGUUUUAUACAACAAUGCCGUGGGGGAUUUUCUGGUGGAGGACAAGACCAAGGCUCUGUUGAAGUUCGAUGGUACCAUCACUUGGGUUCCUCCGGCGAUCUUUAAAUCCUCCUGCCCCAUGGACAUCACCUACUUCCCUUUUGACUACCAGAACUGCUCCAUGAAAUUUGGCUCAUGGACCUAUGACAAGGCCAAGAUCGACCUGGUGCUCAUUGGUUCAAAGGUGAACCUCAAAGACUUCUGGGAAAGCGGAGAAUGGGAGAUCAUUGAUGCGCCCGGUUACAAGCACGACAUCAAGUAUAACUGCUGCGAGGAGAUCUACCCAGACAUCACGUACUCCUUCUACAUCCGCCGCCUGCCGCUCUUCUACACCAUCAACCUCAUCAUCCCCUGCCUUCUCAUCUCCUUCCUCACCGUGCUGGUCUUCUACCUCCCAUCCGACUGCGGCGAGAAGGUCACCCUGUGCAUCUCUGUCCUGCUCUCCCUCACUGUGUUCCUGCUGGUCAUCACGGAGACCAUCCCCUCCACCUCGCUUGUCAUCCCGCUGAUUGGGGAGUACCUCCUCUUCACCAUGAUUUUCGUCACGCUCAGCAUUGUCAUCACCGUGUUCGUGUUGAAUGUUCACUACCGCACCCCCAUGACUCACACGAUGCCCGAGUGGGUGAGGUCCGUGUUCCUCGGGGUGCUGCCGAGAGUCAUGCUGAUGAGGCGACCGAUUGACCAAGGCGGCUCGUCUAUCGCCAGCAUCACGGCGGGGACGGGAGGAGGAGGGAGCAGCGGCGGGAACAAGAAGAGAAAGAACAGCGUUGGGAGCGGGUCAGGAAGUGUGAGCGUUGGCGGUAUCACAGGCGGCGUGGCGUGUCCACCGCUGGAUGGAGGGGCAGGUGGAGGAGGGGCCUCCUCAGUGGGCGGCUCCAUGAACUGCAUCGAGUACGGCGAUAUGAACCGCGACAAUAAGCGGGAUCUAAACAGAAGAUGUCCCUACAGAGGCAAGGAGGUCCCAACCCCUGUCCCUCCUUCCAAGGUCCCCCAUUCAUCUCAGGGCCCUCAGACACAGAGACCCACAGAGUCAGAGCUGCCCAAAUUGCCAAGGGCCUUGAACUCCCCCUCUCAAGUGAAUGCUGUCGUGGCAUUCUCUGUCAUUUCGCCCGAGGUCAAGCAGGCCAUUGAGAGCGUGAAGUACAUCGCAGAGAACAUGAGGACUCGUAACAAAGCCAAAGAGGUUGAAGAUGACUGGAAGUACGUCGCCAUGGUCAUUGACCGGAUCUUCCUGUGGGUGUUUGUGAUGGUGUGUGUACUGGGAACUCUGGGGCUGUUCCUCCAGCCACUCAUCAGCUUUUUUAAAUGAAUGACACUUUCAGUGGUCACCCACUGUGGGAAAAGUCUCUCCUGCAAGCCUUUCACGUCACACGUUCGACUGUCUUCUUUCACCUUCUCUUGUUCCUCCCCGGCACUCAUCAGUCAUCACCUCUCGUCGUCAACGGCACAUCCCUGCACUUGACUUACCCAGAAUUCCUCAAUCACCCCGGCCUCACCCCAAUGAUGUGCACGCAAGCCAUCUAGUGUACUAUGCCCAAAACUGUUAGUAACAAAAUAACAUCUGCUCUCUUUUUCUAUGAUUCUGUCCUCAAAUGCCACUAAUGUCACUUGGUCUUCCUUGAGACACAUGGCGGUGUCUAUCCUCUUUUACUUUGAUUUUUUUUUUUUUUAUGUCCUCUCAGAUGUUGCUAUGGUCCAGUACUGUAAAAAAAAAAAAAAUCACUGAGGUCAGAAUUGCUGCAUAAGAGUUCACCACCAGUCUGAUAUUUCCACCCAAAAAAUCAUUCUUAUAGGUUUCCCAGACCUUUGAAGGGGUUUAAUCCUACACACAGUGAUGCUUUGACAUACGAGUUGAAUUCAUUCGUGAUUAUACUGAUAACUCAAAAUAUUUGUAUCUCAAAUAAUCUUUCACUAUUGAAAUGAAUGGAAAUGCCGUUUAUGCAUUCCAGCCUCCCAAACAAAAAUUAUGUUUUUAAUUAGGAAAAAUAGCAAAUGAUUAGAUUUUACUUUAUAAAUAUACACAGUUUGCAACAUAAUGAAAUAGAAUGGAAAGAAUUAAACAAUUUC